AUGGACGCCCUGACGCGCCUCCACCGCUCCCUCGUCGGCGGCGACGACGAGGAUCAGCCGGAGGACUCCAUCCUUGCUGACACCGAGGGCCUCUGCUCCCUCUCCCCUGUCCAGAGGAUCUACGCCUUCGGGGCAUGCUUGGUGGCCGGACUCGCCCUCAUGAUCUUGUCUUUUAUUGUCUUCGUGAGACCUAUCAAAUUUGCAGUCAUGUUUACGUUUGGAAACAUAUUGGCAGUUGGGAGCACAGCCUUUGUUAUGGGGCCACAAAAACAGCUAAGGAUGAUGUUUGAUCCAGUUCGUCUGUAUGCGACAGCGAUUUAUGUUGGAUGUGUUGUUUUGGCUCUAAUCUUUGCUCUUUGGAUUCAUGACAAGCUGCUAACGCUGAUUGCAAUCAUAUGUGAGAUCUGUGCCCUGUUUUGGUAA